CACGGCUGGUUCUGGCCAGCUCUGCAUGGCCCCACCAUGGGACAUAGCGAGCCCUUGGGAGUGUGUGGGGCCUCUAAGCCAGGCAGGGCAGGUUAUGGCUCCUCAGCGAAAGUGUAUUUAAGAUAGUAGAUGACAAGCUAAGGGAACAAUGAUGCCAGAGCAGGGGGAGGAGGCAGAAGAAAAGCCCAAACCUGCUCUGGUGCCACAGGAAGAGGAGAGCAGCUGUGGGGGCAGCAGCCUGAGAGAGGCCAGGAGGCAGCUUGUCAGUUUUCAUCAUGAAGAUGUUAAUAAGUAGAAGGAAAGCUUCAGGAGUGAUCAAAAUGGCUGAUCAAGGUCCUGCAAGCUCUCUGAGUGCCAAGCAGUGAAUUAUGGGCUGGAUUGCCACCAGUUCACCAUGAAGAUUGGCUUCACUUUUGCCCUCCCAAGGAUCACGUACUUUAUGAAUUCACUUUCUCUUCCACCUCACUGCCACCUCCGUCAGUAUUGUCAUCCCUUCUAGGAAACCAGAAUCUGAGGGUUGGGCUUUAUCCCGGCCUUUCCUCUCUCCCAGGAACAACCAGUGUCACCUUUGUGUUCUACCAAAACAAACCACCGUGGGUUCUUUUGCCCUUCAUGAAAGUACACCGGCUGGAGAAGUACCUUCAUAUACCCUGUACUUCUGAGAUAAAGGCCUCUGGAUCCUAAAGGAUAAUUGAGAUCUUUGCUUGGAGAGGAGACACUUCUUCUCAGUCACGUGCCCUUGCUAUCUCUCUUUCCACUUGCUCUCCCUCCCUCUGUCAAUCUGUGCUCUCCUUCUCUUCCCGUUGGAUUUAACAGAUUCAGUGUUGACUGCUGGGGUUCUCCUCACAGUAGUGUGGCUUUUGUUUUUCUCCUAGUGAAGAGCAGAUUCUUGAAAUGAUGGGCUUCACCCUCCACUCCAUCUACUUCACUUUGAAGGUGAGUUUGCUGCUGGGCUCCUUGCUGGGUCUCUGUUUGGGUCUGGAGUUCAUGGGCGUCCCCAACCAGUGGGCCCGCUACCUCCGCUGGGAUGCCAGCACUAGGAGUGAACUCAGCUUCCAGUUCAAGACCAACGUCUCCGCUGGGCUGCUUCUCUACUUUGAUGACGGUGGUGUCUGUGACUUCCUCUGUCUGUCCCUUGUCGAUGGGCGCAUCCAGCUGCAGUUCAGUGUGGACUGUGCAGAGACUACAGUUAUCACAGACAAGCAGGUCAACGACAGCAACUGGCACUUCCUGAUGGUCAGCCGCAAUCACCUUCGGACAGUGCUAGUGCUGGACGGUGAAGCCAAGCCAGGUGAGGUGCGUCCCCAGCGCCAGUAUAUGAAUAUCGUCAGCGACCUUUUUGUGGGUGGAGUCCCACUGGACAUCCGUCCUGCUGCCUUGACCCUUGAUGGCGUUCUGAGUGAGCCUCCGUUUCAAGGAUUUAUCCUGGAUCUGAAAUACGGCAACUCUGAGCCGCAGCUCCUGGGCAGUCAAGGGGUCCGACUGGAAAUGGAAGGGCCCUGCGCAGAAAACCCCUGUGAAAAUGGUGGCACUUGCUUUCUUCUGGAUGGCGAGCCACACUGUGACUGCUCAGCCACUGGGUAUGCUGGCAAACUGUGUUCUGAAGAUGUCAAUCAUAUUCCAGGCCUCUCACACCUGAUGAUGGGUGAACAAGGUAGAAGUAAAGCGCGAGAUGAGAACAUGGCCACUUUCCGUGGUUCUGAAUACCUUUGCUAUGACCUGUCUCAAAACCCCAUCCAGAGCAGCAGCGAUGAGAUCACUCUGUCCUUCAAGACGUGGCAACGCAACGGGCUCAUUCUGCACACCGGCAAGUCUGCUGAUUAUGUCAACCUGGCCCUCAAAGAUGGCGCGGUCUCGCUGGUCAUUAACCUGGGGUCUGGGGCCUUCGAGGCCAUUGUGGAGCCUGUCAAUGGCAAAUUCAAUGACAACGCGUGGCACGACGUUAAGGUGACGCGCAACUUGCGGCAGGUGACCAUCUCUGUGGAUGGCAUCCUUACCACCACGGGCUAUACACAGGAGGACUACACCAUGCUGGGCUCAGAUGACUUCUUCUACGUGGGAGGGAGCCCCAGUACUGCUGACUUACCUGGUUCUCCAGUAAGCAACAACUUCAUGGGUUGCCUCAAAGAGGUUGUUUAUAAGAAUAACGAUAUUCGUCUGGAGCUGUCUCGCUUGGCACGGAUUGGUGAUACUAAGAUGAAGAUCUAUGGGGAAGUGAAGUUUGUAUGUGAGAAUGUGGCUACACUGGAUCCCAUCAGCUUUGAGACACCUGAGGCCUAUAUUAGUCUGCCCAAAUGGAAUACCAAAAGGAUGGGCUCCAUCUCGUUUGAUUUCCGAACCACUGAACCCAAUGGGCUGAUACUUUUCACCCAUGGCAAGCCUCAGGAGAGGAAAGACGCCAGGAGCCAGAAAAAUACGAAGGUAGACUUCUUUGCAGUUGAGCUUCUAGACGGGAACCUCUACUUGUUGCUGGACAUGGGCUCUGGGACCAUUAAAGUCAAGGCCACCCAGAAGAAAGCCAAUGAUGGAGAGUGGUAUCAUGUGGAUAUUCAACGAGAUGGAAGAUCAGGUACUAUAUCAGUGAACAGCAGACGCACCCCAUUCACCGCUAGUGGGGAGAGCGAGAUCUUAGAUCUGGAAGGUGACAUGUACCUGGGUGGGCUGCCAGAGAACCGGGCAGGACUCAUCCUUCCCACAGAGCUCUGGACAGCAAUGCUGAACUACGGCUAUGUUGGCUGUAUCCGAGACUUGUUCAUCGACGGACGAAGCAAGAACAUCCGGCAGCUGGCAGAGGCGCAGAAUGCAGCAGGAGUUAAGUCCUCCUGCUCCCGCCUGAGCACCAAGCAAUGCGACAGCUACCCGUGUAAGAAUAAUGCAGUCUGCAAGGAUGGCUGGAACCGCUUCAUUUGUGACUGCACUGGCACUGGCUAUUGGGGUAGAACGUGUGAGCGAGAGGCCUCUAUCUUGAGCUAUGAUGGCAGCAUGUACAUGAAGAUCAUCAUGCCUAUGGUCAUGCAUACAGAAGCAGAAGAUGUGUCCUUCCGUUUCAUGUCACAGCGCGCCUAUGGGCUGUUGAUGGCGACCACCUCACGAGAUUCUGCUGAUACUCUGCGCCUGGAGCUGGACGGAGGCCGUGUCAAACUUAUGGUCAAUUUAGACUGUAUCAGGAUAAACUGUAACGCCAGCAAGGGACCUGAAACUUAUGCUGGACAGAAACUCAAUGACAACGAGUGGCACACUGUUCGAGUCGUUCGGCGUGGAAAAAGCCUUAAGCUGAUGGUGGAUGAUGAUGUUGCUGAGGGCACAAUGAUUGGUGAUCACACACGUUUGGAGUUCCACAACAUCGAGACAGGGAUCAUGACGGAGAAACGUUACAUCUCUGUCAUCCCUUCCAGCUUCAUUGGCCACCUCCAAAGCCUCAUGUUCAAUGGGACUUACAUUGACCUCUGCAAGAAUGGUGACAUUGACUAUUGUGAGCUGAAGGCACGCUUUGGUCUCCGCAACAUUAUAGCUGACCCUGUGACAUUCAAGACCAAGAGUAGCUACCUGAGCUUGGCCACCUUGCAGGCUUACACAUCCAUGCACCUCUUCUUUCAGUUCAAGACCACUUCAGCUGAUGGUUUCAUCCUCUUUAACAGCGGUGAGGGAAAUGACUUCAUUGCAGUUGAACUAGUCAAGGGGUAUAUACAUUAUGUGUUUGACCUUGGAAAUGGACCUAAUGUUAUCAAAGGCAACAGUGACCGUCCUCUCAAUGACAACCAAUGGCACAAUGUUGUCAUCACCAGAGAUAACAGUAAUACACACAGCCUAAAGGUGGAUACUAAGGUGGUCACUCAGGUUAUCAACGGUGCCAAAAAUCUGGAUCUUAAAGGUGAUCUCUACAUUGCUGGCCUAGCUCAAGGCAUGUAUAGCAACCUCCCAAAGCUAGUGGCCUCACGUGAUGGAUUUCAGGGCUGUCUAGCAUCUGUGGACUUGAACGGACGUCUGCCUGAUCUAAUCAAUGAUGCUUUGCACCGCAGUGGGCAGAUUGAGCGUGGAUGCGAAGGACCAAGCACUACCUGCCAGGAAGAUUCCUGUGCAAAUCAGGGCAUCUGUAAUCAGCAGUGGGAAGGUUUUACCUGUGAUUGCUCCAUGACAUCGUAUUCUGGAAGCCAGUGCAAUGACCCUGGUGCCACAUAUAUAUUUGGGAAGAGUGGAGGUCUCAUCUUGUACACCUGGCCAGCUAAUGACAGACCAAGCACAAGGACAGACCGUCUUGCUGUGGGCUUCAGCACAACAGUGAAGGAUGGCAUUCUUGUGAGGAUUGACAGUGCCCCUGGGCUUGGUGACUUUCUGCAACUGCACAUAGAGCAAGGCAAGAUCGGUGUGGUCUUCAAUAUUGGUACAGUGGACAUCUCUAUUAAAGAGGAAAGCACACCUGUAAAUGAUGGCAAAUACCACGUGGUGCGCUUUACCAGGAACGGUGGCAAUGCCACUCUUCAGGUUGACAGCUGGCCAGUGAAUGAACACUACCCGACAGGGAACACUGAUAGUGAACGGUUCCAAAUGGUAAAACAGAAAAUCCCCUUCAAAUAUAACCGGCCCGUAGAGGAGUGGCUGCAGGAAAAAGGACGACAGUUAACGAUCUUCAACACCCAGGCGCAAAUAGCCAUAGGAGGGAAGGACAGAGGGCGUCUCUUCCAAGGCCAGCUCUCCGGUCUCUAUUACAAUGGCUUGAAAGUGCUGAACAUGGCAGCAGAGAACAACCCCAACAUUAAAAUCAAUGGAAGUGUCCGACUAGUUGGGGAAGUCCCUUCCAUCUUGGGAACAACACCCACAACCUCCGUACCACCAGAAAUGUCUACUACAGUCAUGGAAACCACAACUACAAUGGCCACCACUACAACCCGAAAAAAUCGUUCACCACCCAGCAUCCAGACAACAGAUGACAUUGUUUCAUCAGCCGAAUGUUCCAGUGAUGAUGAAGACUUCAUUGACUGUGAACCCAGUACAGGAGGUGAAUUAGUUAUCCCUCUACUUGUAGAAGACCCUUUAGAUAUCCCUCCUAUUGCUACUCGUGCACCUUUCAUUACACUUCCCCCUACCUUUCGCCCCCUCCUCACCAUUAUUGAGACCACCAAAGAUUCCCUGUCCAUGACCUCUGAGGCGGGGUUACCUUGCUUGUCGGACCAAGGCAGCGAUGGUUGUGAUGAUGAUGGCUUGGUGAUAUCUGGGUAUGGCUCAGGGGAAACCUUUGACUCUAACCUACCCCCUACUGAUGAUGAAGAUUUUUACACCACCUUCUCCUUGGUAACAGAUAAGAGUCUUUCCACUUCAAUCUUCGAAGGUGGCUACAAAGCACACGCACCCAAGUGGGAAUCCAAGGACUUUAGACCUAACAAAGUCUCCGAAACUGGUAGGACUACUACCACGUCUUUGUCCCCUGAGCUGAUCCGCUCCACAGCUUCGUCCUCGACUGGGAUGGUGCCCAAAUUGCCAGCCGGCAAAAUGAAUAACCGUGAGCUCAAACCCCAGCCUGACAUAGUCUUGCUUCCGUUGCCCACUGCCUAUGAGCUAGACAGCACAAAGCUGAAGAGCCCGCUAAUCACUUCCCCCAUGUUCCGUAAUGUGCCCACAGCAAACCCCACGGAGCCAGGAAUCAGACGGGUUCCGGGGGCCUCAGAGGUGGUCCGCGAGUCGAGCAGCACAACGGGGAUGGUCGUCGGCAUUGUGGCUGCUGCUGCCCUCUGCAUCCUCAUCCUCCUGUACGCCAUGUACAAGUACAGGAACAGGGACGAGGGGUCCUAUCAGGUGGACGAGACGCGGAACUACAUCAGCAACUCAGCCCAGAGCAACGGCACGCUCGUGAAGGAGAAGCAGCAGAGUUCAAAGAGCGGCCACAAGAAACAGAAAAACAAGGACAAAGAGUAUUAUGUGUAAAAAAGAAUACUUAUUUAUAUAUAAAUAUAUAAAUACUUAAUGAGAUUUAACUGAAAUAUCAGAACCAUUGCAGCGAAUGAGAUUGGGAGAUAUCGUUUAUGGGAAAAAGUAUUGGGAAAAAAAUAAUUCAGCAAUGACUGUUAAUGUCUCAGUCAUCACUUGGAGUCAGCAAACUCUGCCCUAAUGUAUUAUAAAGCACACUUAACGUUCUGGAGAUGGCGCAUACAGCUCUGCCCUGUUAGUGAACUCGGACGUCUCCAAAUCUCCUCCUCCGCUGAACUUUCUGCAAAGGUAGAAGACUUCAUGGCUUACUUGUUUCAUAUCUCCAAGUGAGUCUUAAACAAUGUUCGUGAUCCUUGACUGUAUCGAUAAUUUUUCAGUUUACUUAUUAAAAAAAAAAAAAGGAAGGAA